GUGCAAGUGCACACACUAAUCGCCGCGUGCGAGUGCGUGAGUGGAUCUAUGUACACACGCAACGCCCACGGGUAUAUGUGAGCACGCGCGCUGAUUUAAAUAAUUUUAGGUAAAUCGAAACUAUAUACGAUGAAGUUCCUUGGGCAAGGUCUAUUUAUCCACUGGGUGGGACCAUCACUGAUUUGGUGGUCCCAAGCCCGGAUAAGUAAAGAGAAUGAUUACCUAAAAGGAAACACCGGCACUCUCCGUGGAAAGGAACUGGGGACCCUACCACGUACUCACUCCAAGAGCAUCACAACAUGAAAACUACAUUUAAGUAUAAUGAUGUGACCACGGCAGCUCAAACAUGAACCUAUCGUAAAAAAAAAAAAUAAUAAUAAUAAUAACAAUAAUAAUAAUGUGUGUGUGCGUGUGUAAAAUCAAUACAAGGAAAUUAUCUGCUUUCCCUUAGCAGAUCGCCGGCUGUGUCGUCAUGGCAACCAGUGUAAACAACUCGACCAGGCCGCCAACGACUCGACAGUUGAUUCGGUCUAAAUCUUUCUGAUCCAAACUUUCGAAAAAUAAAAAAGAGACUCGACUUACUGUGACGGUCAUCUGCUCUAUCGGUAAUUAAUUUUGGCACUAUGACGUCACGACGGCCCUCCCUGCUCCCCCCUGGUCGCGAAAGCCACUCGAGCUCUCUGGACGGACGGCGACGGUCCAGUGUCAGACUCUCCAAUGCGCAGCUGGAGAACAUGAAGACGUCUCAGGAGGAACAGCAGCACCAACAGGCAGAAGGCGCAGGAGACGAGCUGGAGGAGGAGGAGGAGGAAGAGGAGGAGGACGAGGAGGAGGAGGACUUGUACCAGAUGGAUCAGCAGUCAACUGACUUGUCUUCUGAUUACUGGCAGAUACACAAGAUGGUCAAGGUGAGGGGGGGGGGAGGGGAAGGAUGGUGUUGAUGAUUAAUGCUGUUGAUGAUGGUGAUAGACGCUAUGAUAAUGAUGAUGUAGGAGCUUCCCGGUUUUAAUGAAGUUGUGUUCAGUUUUCUGUUUUAAGCAAGUAGAGAGGCCAGUAUAUGCGGCG